CAUACAUAUUACUAUUCUUAUUGAACUACAGCGUUUACACCUGGAGAAGAAGAUCCUUUUUACGGCAUAUCUAAUUUACAUCUGCACGAAAUACAGGUCUUCCAACUACAGAUUGUUACAUGCACGUAUGCGAGAGUUGUGUAGCGUCCAAGGAUAUGAGACGUAUGAAUGAGAAAUAGAUACGGAGUAAAGUGAGCGCAGCAGCCGGAUGACUGGGAAUAUGUGAGACAAAUCACUGCAGGACUACAGUUAUCCCUGAGCGACAUCGGAAUGCAAGACCUUGUGAAAGAUGUCGCUUGGCUUCACUGAAUCCCUACGAACAUCACUGUGCCUGCUACUGUGUUACCUGCUCACAUCUGUACAAGGAUUGCCGUCUGUUUCCGGUCGCGUUCGAAGGGCGCCCCCUGCUGGUAGUCCGACUGUGCCAGGAAUCGUUGGCGAGAGUGCAACACUGCCCUGUGUCGUUCACUUUCCAGGGAAUGACAGAGUUGACUUCGUGGUACAGUGGGAUAGGAAAGGGUUUGAGAAGCCAGUCUACAUCAUUCUGCCACCGUACGUGCCGCACGAACACCAGGACUACAUCGAUCGCUUGAGCCUGGUGGAUGAUGCUUCGCUAAGAAUUGCUAACCUCAGGAUCGAGGACGAGGGAUGGUAUGAGUGCAAAGUAGAGUUCUUCAACAAGCCAGACAGAACUGACACAGGAAAUGGGACAUGGGUCUUCCUAGAAGUACACGCUCCACCGAGGUUCACCUACUGGCCGCACUCCCCGCAGUACUACAAUCCUGGCGACACCGCAGUCCUGUGGUGCAACGCGACGGGCGAACCCAGUCCUAACAUACUUUGGAGAAAGAAUGGCAUCUACAUGAGGAACGGUACUCAGACGCGCGUGUACAACAACAUCCUCCGGAUCCCGCAUAUAGAUGGCAGCACCAAAGGCGUCUACGAGUGCGUGGCCCGCAGUGCUGAGGGCGAAUCUACUCGCGUUGUGCAGGUGGUCGUGGCAGGUCCUCCGUACAUCUCAGAAGCGCCACGGAAUCGUUCGGUGCAGACAGGACAGACUGCAAUUCUGAACUGUAAGGCGGCCGGGCACCCUUCCAAUAUCACAUACCAGUGGUUCGUUAAUGGACACUCUCUCGAAGAAGUGCACGGCCUGAAGUCCAGAAUCACUGUGAAACCUGACGGCGCACUGGUCAUCAACCCUGCAUCAGAUGACGAUACUGGCAGUUACAGCUGUCGAGCAAGCAAUGGCAUUGGUCUCCCAGUUGAGGCCGGUGCCUGGCUAGAUAUCAGAUACUCAGCUCGAGUUACAAUGACAGAAAGCCCUCAGUAUUUGCCGAAGGGGCUACCGGGUGUCGUACGUUGUCAUAUCAAGGCCCAUCCACCUGUCCAGUUUGUCACCUGGUUCAAGGACCUGCGUGUCAUCAGUGAAGGAAUCGAUGGUAUUAAAGUACUCAGGAAUGGAUCGCUGCUCAUCGAAAAGGCGGACAAGUCUAAUGAAGGAAAAUAUGCAUGCACCCCAUAUAACGAAGUUGGGACUGCCGGAACAUCUGACCCUAUAUUGGUAGCAGUUAAAGAUCCACCACGCUUUGUAGUGGGGCCAGCACCAGUGUACCAACGAACAGAGGGCAGUGAAGUGAUAAUGCCAUGUGCGGCCACAGGGGAUCCAGCCCCAACAGUACAGUGGAAGCGGGCUGGUGGGUUACCAUUACCACCCCAACGUUGGGCCAUCACCAAUGGAAAUCUGACAAUCUUCAACAUGAAAAAAGAAGAUAAUGGGGAGUAUGACUGUCUUGCCUCCAGUCCAGUACUCACUAUUGUUGCAACAGCCAGACUCAUGGUGCUACAUACAACUCCACAUGCUCCAAUGAAUGUCACAGUGUCAACUGCUGUGUUCUCAGCCACCAUACGCUGGGUUCCAGCUUUUGAUGGUGGCCAUCCGCAGUCUUAUGUUCUGUGGUAUAAGAAAGCCGAGGAGACAGACAAAGAGUGGAAAAAGAUAGAUGUUAGGCCAGGCAAUGCGACCACAUUUACUGUCUAUAGCCUCACUCCCAACACCAAGUAUGAAUUUGCUGUUGGAACCAGGAACAUUAUUGGGACUGGAUCGUUUUCGGCAAGUUUUGUUGCCAGAACAAAAACUUAUGAAAGUUUAGGAACAGAGCUUCCAACAGAUGCAUAUGGCUCAACAUUUAUCCCUCCUAUUAUGGUCCCUAUGGGACCGACUCCGGAUAAACCAUAUGACGUGCGUGUGUCUGCCUCACACAACGACAGCGGCAUUAUCGUCCAGGUGCGGUGGCGCCCCCCAAAGAACCUCACUGUACCGGUGGUGUACUACGUGGCAGAAUAUAAGGCGAAUGACGCCGACUGGGCGGAGCCAUGGACGCACCUCGGCCCUCGUCUGCUGCACGGUCAGACGCAGGCGUCCUCGUUGACGUUGAGUCCAGACAAAACAUACAGAUUUCGUGUGUUUGCCUUCACACUGACAGCCUUCAGUGAACCAAGUGAGACAGUUGUCUUCACCGUGCCAGCCAAACCAUUCCAGUUUGGUAAAGCUGGGAUAGCGGGUCUGAUUGGAGGCAUAUCCUUCCUUGUGGUUACGGGUCUUCUAGCUCUCAUAGCAACCUGUCUCUGCAAUCGACGCUCCAAGCGACGCAAGCGGAAGAGGCAGAACCAGCACCAGCACCAGUACGAUCAUCUAAACUCAACACCGAUACCAAUGACAAACUUGAAUGGGCCAACAACGAUAGGAAAUCAUGUGCCAAAUAAGAAAACCAAGAAAACCAACAGCUCAAGUGUGAGCCUAAGGCACCUCAAGUCAAAGGUCAUUGCGAUGCGCUACGCCAUACAACUGAGCAAGGUGCGUCGAGACGUCGGCGGAUCGCUGGACAAGCGCCACACGGAGUGGGAGCGCCACAGAGUCAUCCCACGCCACCCGCACUACAGGGUCAGCCAACGCACGCUCUCAAUUGGCACGGUCCGCCGCGACUCCAACGGCAAGUUCGUCUUAGACAUCGCCGAUUCUACCGAGCCAGCUCGUGUACCUCCGAGCUCACGCAGCGGUAAGGCAAGCAGCAGUCGGGCGAGCGGCCGCGCGAGGGAGAAGUGUCACAAGCCGGGGAGUCGCGUGCGCGCGGACGAGGCUGGGGUGAUCCAUUACGGCCACUACAACAUACGGUGCCAGGAGAAGGCACGCAGCAACGAGCUUCGUCCCACUCACAUCUCCAUUCAGGAGAAGGCACGCUGCAGCAACGAUACUCGUCCCACUCACAGCUCCAUUCAUGAGAACGGGCCAGGGCCAGGCAAGCCUCGUCCCACUCACAGCUCCAUUCAGGAGAACGGGCCAGGGCCAGGCAAGCCUCGUCCCACUCACAUCUCCAUUCAUGAGAACGGGCCAGGUCCAGGCAAGCCCGUCGGCAGAAAGGCAGAAGGCCUGACGGCCAGCAGAGCUCCCUUAGACGAAACUCCACCGACGACCAAGACUCUUGUUGCGAAACAAGUUGGCUUGCAGAAGGUCCUAACCUCCCCGUGCACCCACAAUCCCUACUUGCAUCAGGCAGCCCUUGAGCCGGACACGGGGACCUGCGGGCGGCAACUCCUGCGCUCUCCUGCCGACGUGGAGAGUCACGUCGGAUUCGACAACCCGUCGUUCAGUGACCGCCAGGUGGCGCGCGUUCCGCCGUCGCCGCAGCGGCAUCAGCGGCCGAGCGAUGGUCAUCACGCGAGUGGACACCGGCCAGCAAGGGUCAAGUACAACGACAGCAGUUACGCAGACAGGGACACGACACGCAGCGAUUUCACGACUCCGCGUCUCGAGAGAUUCGCGGAGGACGGAGCGAUCGGUGCGGGGUCGCGGCCGGCGUCCAAGCAGGCGCAGCGUCAUCGAAGAGGCGCUCCGAAAGAUGCGACCGAUCCUCCGCAAGAGAACGGAAGAUCGCCAGAGUUCGAGCCUGCGUACCUGAACCGCCAGAACGUGAAGCUGAACUCCUACCUGCACGACCCGACCAGCAUUCACAGCCCGCCUCCGGGUUGCAGAAGCAUGACGUCCGGCACGUCGGGUUACGUGGGAUCGCGGGGGGCAGUGGACGCGCGCUACCCCACCGGCUACUUCCUGCCAGCGAGUCGAGAGCAGAACAGCCCGUCUCCCAACGACAGCAAGAGCAGCAGCGGCUUCAGCAGUGGCGCCACCUGGCAGGUGGCAGCCGACCUCGAGCCGUCGCCGCGCGGUUCCCUCGACACGCCCACUGCUUGCCAGCACGCCGGACUAACGUCGCCCUGCGAGGACCCGUACGAGUUUGACAUGAUCAGCUCCCGCGCGCCAUCUAGCGAGCGCGCCAUAAGCGUUCGCAGCAAGACGUAUCGUGAGACGGAUCUGGAGAAGGACUCACACGUGCAAGGUGAAGGAAGGCAGCCUGAGUAUAGCAAUGCUGCUCAGAGAUGUGCAGCGCUGAAGGAAGAGUUUGAGCAAUACAGGCAGCGCAGACGCUUGCUUCUACAGCAAGAAGUGAUGCUGUGAAUCUGCCUUCACUCGUACGCACUCUCACGUGCGGGAGUGUACGUAGUACGACAAGGUAGUGGCCAUGCAGUUGCUUUACUGCUUCGGUCCACUCGCUGGUUCUUAUAUAAGAUUUUAUUGCGUUUUGAAAAAGUAAAUCAGCUUUGUUACUGCAAUUUGUUCGGCACUAAUGUAUUUUGCAGAUACAUUGGAUCUGCUGUGAUCAUUAGUUUAUUGAUCAUGUAGAAUGUUGACAACGUGGCAGAACUAAUGUAAAACAUCUGCCAAUAUUUGCUUAUUAUAAUUUUCAUGCCCUCGUUACAAAAUUGUUGUGUAGCCUUGACAUAAAGGGUGGGGGGGGGUGAUUCUAAUCUGUACAGUUUGUCUUGAUAUUAGCUACUGGACAGUUUUAUAGAUGGGUAGAUGGGAUGAGUGAGUGAGUGCGUUUUUCUGCGCUGAGAAUCGAACAUAUCAAGAGGAGCCACCGUUGUGAUUAUAGUACCUGUAAUCUCAUACUAAAUAAUUAUUAUCAAUUUAAAUACUUACCCGUCACAGAUGUAAUGUUACACCGAUUUGCCUGUAAAUAAGAUUUGUGCUGCAAUGCUCUAUGUUUCCAUCUGUUCACAAUCCUAUUUGUAUGAUCAUUUAUGGGGAAAAAAAUAUCGAACUUCGUUUCCUCAUAUCUAGCUUUAGCCCCAGUUAGGCUUAGUGCGCAAUUAUCUGCAAAAUAUAGGUUGAAUAUUUCCUCAGGGUCAAAUUAUCCUCAGUCUGCAUUACACAUCGUUUUAAUUUGGUUAGAUCUUAAGGUUAGCAGUGAUAUAGCACCGGGGUACCUAAUCAAUACCCGAGACAAUGGGUUCAAGAUUAGACCAUAGAUUAUGCAUAAUAAAUAAAUUCCAUCAAUUACGAUACACUAUGUCGAUGACGAUUUAUCGAUUCAUAACUUGAAUAAAACAAAUCGGUCAAGUUCUGGCUUGAAUAGUAGCGUCUAUCGCUACCGAAAGCCACUGAUAGAAGUAAUUUGUUAUGCAUGUGCUGUAUGAUCUUGAAUGAAAGGAUCCUUUGCUCGGUUGUUUUUUUUUGAUUGACUGUUAUGGCACAAUUGACGGUUGUUUAGUGGACCAUUUCUUGUUGAUUGAUUUAUUUGCCGGUUAGCGAAACCUUUGGAGAGUAUAUGGCAAGCUGGCGUUCAUCAUUGGCUGAUGUGUCGUUCUACUGAGCUUCUUGUCAGCUUACACACACUCUGUCACACAUACACACACUCUCUCUCUCUCUCUCUUUUUUCUCUCUUUCUCUCUCUCUCUCUCU